AUGCCUUCUGGGAACCCAUUCAUUUGUUAUUCCGUUGUGCAUUCCUUUCUUUCCUUAUGCCUCCCAGACCCACUUCCGUAUGAUAUUUUUUCGGAAACCCUUUCUAUCCGUGCGCAUUCUGGGAACCCAUACAUUCGUUAUUCCUUAGUGAAUUCCAUUCUUUCCUUAUGUCUCCCAGACCCCUUUUCAUUUGAUAUUCUUUUCAGAAGCGCUUUCUAUCAGUAUGCCUUCUGGGACCCAUUUAUUUAUUGUUCCUUUGUGUAUUCCUUUCCUUCCUUAUGCCGCCCAGACCUCUUUAAUUUGAUAUUCUUGUUAAACCCUUUUCUAUCUGUAUGCCUUCUGGGACACCAUUUAUUUGUUAUUCAUUUGAGAAUUCCUUUCUUUCAUUAUACCCCCUUUCAUUUGAUAUUAUUUUCGGAAACCCUUUCUAUCUGUAUGCCUUCUGGGACCCCAUUCAUUUGUUAUUCCUUUGUGAAUUCCUUUCUUUCCUUAAGCCUCCAAGACCCCCUUUCAUUUGAUAUUUUUUCGGAAACCCAUUCUAUCCAAUUCUUUCUUUGCUUGUGCAUCCAAGACCACUUUUCAUUUGAUAUUCUUUUUCCGAAAACCCUUUCUAUCCGUAUGCCUUCUGGGACCCCAUUGAUUUGUUAUUCUUUUUGUGAAUUCCUUACUUUCCUUGUGCCGCCCAGACUCCGUUUCAUUUUAUAUACUUUUCGGAAAGCCUUUAUAUCCGUAUGCCUUCUGGGAACCCAUUCAUUUGUUAUUCCGUUGUGCAUUCCUUUUUUUUCCUUAUGCCUCCCAGACCCACUUCCGUAUGAUAUUUUUUCGGAAACCCUUUCUAUCCGUGCGCAUUCUGGGAACCCAUACAUUCGUUAUUCCUUAGUGAAUUCCAUUCUUUCCUUAUGUCUCCCAGACCCCUUUUCAUUUGAUAUUCUUUUCAGAAGCGCUUUCUAUCAGUAUGCCUUCUGGGACCCAUUUAUUUAUUGUUCCUUUACCCCCUUUCAUUUGAUAUUCUUUUCGGAAACCCAUUCUAUCCGUAUACCUUCUGGGAUCCCAUUCAAUUGUUAUUCCUUUGUGAAUUCAUUUCUUUCCAUAUGCCUCCCAGACCCCCUUUCAUUUGAUAUUCUUUUGGAAACCUUUUCUAUCCGUAGGCCUUCUGGGAUCCCAUUCAUUUGUUAUUGCUUUGUGAAUUCCUUUUUUCCUUAUACCUCCCAGACCCCCUUUCAUUUCAUAUUCUUUUCGGAAACCCUUUCUAUCCGUAUGCCUUCUGGGACCCCAUUUAUUUGUUAUUCCUUUGUGAAUUUCUUUCUUUCCUUAUGCCUCCCAGACCCCCUUUCAUUUGAUAUUCUUUUCGGAAACCCUUUCUAUCCGUAUGCCUUCUGGGAUCCCAUUCAUUUGUUAUUCCUUUGUGAAUUCCUUUUUUCCUUAUGCCUCCCAGACCCCCUUUCAUUUGAUAUUCCGUUCGGAAACACAUUCUAUUCCCUUUCUAUCCGUAUGCCUUCUGGGACCACAUUCAUUUUUUAUUCCUUUGUGAAUUCCUUUCUUUCCUUAUGCCUCCCAGACGCCCUUUCAUUAGAUAUUCUUUUCGGAAACACUUUCUAUCCGUAUGCCUUCUGGGACCCCAUUCAUUUGUUAUUCCUUUGUGAAUUUUUUACUUUCCUUAUGCCUCCCAGACCCCCUUUCAUUUGA